AUGCUGCCGUCGAUCUUCAGCCGGAAGGGCGCCUCGGGCUUCUCCUGGGCCUCCACCGCCGACCAGGUCACCCAAGGCCUCAGCGCCGCAGGUCUCACCGCCAUCGUCACCGGGGCGUCGAGUGGCAUCGGCGCCGAGACGGCGCGGGUCCUGGCGGCGCGCGGCGCCCACGUCGUCAUGGCCGCCAGGAACGUCGCCGCCGCUGACUCCGUGCGCCAGGCCGUGCUGGCGGCCACCCCCGCGGCCACCCUCGACGUCAUGGAGCUCGACCUCUCCUCCAUGGCCUCUGUCCGCAAGUUUGCCGCCGACUUCAACGCCAAGGGCCUCCCACUCAACAUACUCGUGAAUAAUGCAGGAGUGUUGGCAACUUCUUUCACCCUCUCAAAGGAUGGCAUAGAGAUGCAGUUUGCAACUAACCAUGUUGGGCACUUUCUCUUGACACAUCUUCUACUGGAGACGAUGAAGAAGACCUCUCGAGAAUCAAACGUGGAAGGAAGAAUCGUCAAUGUUUCAUCAGUGGGCCACAAGUUUACAUACCAGGAAGGCAUCCGGUUUGACAAGAUAAAUAAUGAGGCUGAGUAUAGCGCCAGUGGAGCGUAUGGGCAGUCAAAGCUUGCAAACAUUUUGCAUGCUAAUGAACUUGCUAGAAGAUUUAAGGAAGAGGGUGUUAACAUCACUGCAAAUUCUCUCCACCCUGGAUCUAUCAUCACGAACAUUCUGCGCAACCACAGUAUCAUAGAUUUUCUCCAUCGGAGUCUUGGUAUGUUGCUGCUGAAAAAUGCUAAUCAGGGGGCGGCAACCACGUGCUACGUCGCGCUGCACCCGAGCGUGAAGGGUGUGUCGGGGAAGUAUUUCUGCGACAGCAACGUGUAUGAGGCGAGUGAUAAGGCCAAGGACGUGGAGCUGGCCAAGAAGCUCUGGGACUUGAGCGUCGAGCUCACCACAUGA